CCAGUUAACAAACCCAUCCUCGGCAUCCCAUGGUCUCUCUGACCCUGCCCAUCUCAGCAAGGAGGUAACCACAGCUCCUGGCAACAGCGAGCAAAAUUAUUUUUGAAACAAGCGGUCGAACUGGUUACUGCAUCUUAAUGAAAAUGAAUUUUUUUUUCCGAGCAUUUCUAUGUAUAUAAACAGCCCUUCCUCCCAAACCUGGUUAGACAAGAAUGUUCCUGGGUGUGGACUGCCUUGUAUAAUUAACUGCACAGCUGUAGCUUCUGAUCCCUGGUAACGUCUGUUCCUUUCUUUCCUUCUUUCUCCCUGCCUCUACCUAGCAUAAUCCAGAGCUCAUCUCCUCCUCCUUGCAGGAGUUCCAGGUGCGUCACUUGGGCAGCUGCUUCCUCACAUUCCCCCGUCAUUCCUUGCUGGGGCGGCCAGCGGGCAGGCACGCAGCCACAGCUGCUUCCAGGGGGCAGGGGACAGCACGGGGGGACAGGACAGAACUGAGGAGCCAAGAAACCAACCCGCCCUGGUUAGACAAUGGAAACGGGGAGCGCAGCAAGGACAAACGGCACGGCAGGGAAGCCAGAGGACGUGAAGAGUCCAUCCGCCCCCAAAAAGGAUGAAGAAGUGAAGAAGACGACGAAUCCUGGCGGAGGCGAGAAAGAGCCAAUAAAGGGCACUGGCGGUACCUCCCUGGAGACCGGACAAAUCAAGAGCUCUCUCUUCUCUGGGAGUGACUGGAAGAGGCCCAUCAUUCAGUUUGUGGAGUCGUCCGAUGAGAAGAGAUCGACCUACUUCAGCAUGGACUCAGCAGACUCCAAGAAGAUGCCAUUUGCCAGCGGACAGAUAGGAGACAUGAGGAGAACCCCCCUCUCCUUCGCAGACAAGGGCGACCUCAGGAAGUCCCUCUUCACCUUGGAUUCCAAAAAGAGCUUCUUGCCUAAUGAAGGGGAAGGGAGAAAGCCCUUGUUCUCCAGCGGGCAGAUAGGAGAUGUGAAGAAACCUUCUCUGGUGGAGACGGGAGACCUGAGAAGACCCAACUUCAACAAGGCGCCUGACAGAGCAGCUGGCUCGCGGCCCAGGAUGAAGCUGGAGGAUGUGCUGUGCGAUUCCUGCAUCGAUAACAAGCAAAAGGCCGUCAAGUCGUGUUUGGUGUGCCAGGCUUCCUUCUGUGAGCUGCACCUCAAGCCCCACCUGGAAGGAGCAGCUUUCCGGGACCAUCAGCUCCUCGACCCCAUCAGGGACUUCGAAGCAAGAAAAUGCCCUGUGCACGGGAAGACCAUGGAGCUGUUCUGUCAGACAGACCAGAUGUGCAUCUGCUACCUCUGCAUGUUCCAGGAGCACAAGAACCACAGCACGGUGACGGUGGAGAUCGAGAAAGCAGGAAAAGAGGCCGAGCUCUCGCUGCAGAAGGAGCAACUGCAGCUGAAGAUCAUCGAGGUAGAAGAUGAAGUGGAUAAGUGGCAGAAGGAGAGGGACCGCAUCAAGAACUACACCACCAACGAGAAAGCGACAGUAGACCAGCAUUUCAAGGAGCUGAUCCGGGACCUGGAGAGGCAGAGGGAUGAAGUGAAGGCUGCCCUGGACCAGAGGGAAAAGAUUGCAUCGGAGAACGUGAAAGAGAUUGUGGAUGAGCUGGAAGAGAGGGCAAAGCUGCUGCGGGAGGACAAGGAGAACAGGGAGCAGAUCCACCAGAUCAGUGACUCCGUGCUCUUCCUCCAGGAGUUUGGGGCUCUGAUGCGGAAUUACGUCCCCCCUCCCUCCCUCCCGACGUACAGCGUGCUGCUCGAAGGGGAGAGCAUGAGCCCCUCCAUGGGGCUGCUCCGCGAUGACCUCCUCAACGUCUGCAUGAGGCACGUGGAGAAGAUCUGCAAGGCAGACCUUGGCCGCAACUUCAUCGAGAGGAACCACAUGGAGAAUGGUGACCACCGGUACAUGAUGAACAACUACGAGUGGAACCAGCCCGACAACAUGAAGAGAUUCUCCAUGUUCCUGUCUCCCAAAGGUAAGGCAGCCCAACAACUUUCUUCCAAACACAGCAUAGGAAAGGAACUUCAUUCAUUAUUUGGAGCAGAGGCCAGUUUCAACCCACGGUCAUGGGAAUUUUCCUCCUUCCAAGCGACUGAGGAAACACUUGGUACGGGUAAUUCUGCCUUCAGUUUGAAAGGAUCUAACACCCCUUAUCCCUCAAUAGUGAGACAUCAGUCUGCAAAAGUGACGCCACAGACAUGGAAAUCCUCCAAGCAAUCUGUAUUGUCACAUUACCGCCCCUUUUACGUCAACAAAGGCAAUGGAGCCACUUCCAACGAGGCACCUUGAUUCCUGAAGAAGUAGGGAAGAGCUGGCAGCACUUGGAGUGAAGACUCAGCUGCGGAUUUUCAUGGAUGUACCUGCUACUAUAUUAACCUUGCUGCUCUAAUCUCUGCCAGGGAGAGGGAAGGUGCAGAAGGGAAUCAUCUUUUCUAGAGGAAACAUGGAUUUUUUUCCAAGUCCAUUUGAAAGCUCUGCAGGCCUUAACAACAUAACCCCACCCUCUGCUGUCACCUCCUUACUCCCCCCUCUGCCAUCACCCCUCCCUUUGCUCUGCAGAGCUGCUGCUCUGCUUCUCCAGGAAGCAUGCAUGCUUGGCUAGCACCCACCCCUCCCUUGCUCUGCUGCACUGGUUGCCCUGCCCUUCGAGUGACCAUAGCUAAAUCCUGCUGGAAAAUCCCAAGCUGGCGGGCUCUCUUCCUUGAGACCCUUCCUCAGCUCAGCUCUGCUCCCACUGGGUAGCAAAAACCAUCAGUGGGACCCAUGGAGCAGCCCUACUGCAGCCCGAGGCCACUGCUGGUGGAGGGCAGAGAGGCUCCCGAUUGCAUUAAAGAACCCCUCCAGCCACUGUUUCAAAUUAAAAAAUAGAUAGAAAAUCCAUCCUACUAAUGGAAGAUUGAUUAGAUGCCACAGGUAUUGCGUGUUUUGUGGGUUUCUUUCUUUUUUUUUUUUUUGUGGAAAAUUCCCCUAAAACAAAAUUGGUUUAUAUAUUGUGGUUCGGGCAUUUUUCCAGCAACAGUGCCAUCGUUGUUUGCUCAGGGUGGUGCUUUCAAUUUGUCCCUGGUUCAUAUGAUGGAUCAUAUCAGCACCCAGCCAGUGCUGGCUAGCCUUGCUGUGAUCUCCCUGAGAUUAUUUCCCUUCCCCUUGGAUGAAGUGGAGGGGUCAGCUCCUUGCCAGCCCACCCAUUGCAUGGCCCAUUGCAUGGCCAGAGCCCUCCAGCUGCAGAAUGGAGAAACGAGAGCUGCAGUGCAUGGUCUGCUCUGUCCAAAUGUCUCUGGAAUGGCUUCUCCCUGCCUUUCCUACCCCAAAAGCUUGCAGCACCUGGCUGAGACAGCUCUCACCCAUCGCUCCCUGAAAACUACUGAUUUGCUAAUCCCCGUGCAAUGAUGCUCGCUGCUUCUUAAUCCCAUCCCUCAGACAAAACUGAGGCUGAAAGCUGGUUGCUCCAGAAUACUUGAAUGGCACCUAUGUUA